AUGGCAAAUAGGACAGAAAAUCAGAUUGCAGCGUGGUUGGACGAAAUUGAAAGUGAUGAAUUUGAUGACGAUUUAUCAAGUUUAGAAGACGAAGAGGAUUUUAUUGGAGAGGAGUGGUCUGACACAGAAUCCGAGCAAGAGCAAGACGUGUGUAAUCAAGUAUCUGACUACGAUAAGGAGCCCCCUCAGCGAGACAGACGUGGAGAAAUUUAUCUAGGCGUUGAUAAUACUGUUUGGACAAAGAAUGCCCCUGCUAAUAGGGGUAGAACAAGAAGGCAUAAUAUUGUGUUCAAGCCCCCGGGUCCUAAAGGAAUCGCUCGGCAAAAAACCAAACCCGAGGACUGUAUGUCACUUUUUUUAGACGAUAAUAUAAUUGGUCUCAUUAUAAAAUAUACUAAUAUAAAAAUUGAAAGUAUUAAGACUAAAUAUGCACGUGAAAGGGAUGCCAAAUCAACAGAUGAAAUUGAAAUCAAAGGAUUUUUAGGAAUUUUACUAAUGGCUGGUGCUUUAAAGGUAAGCCGUUCCAGUACAAGUCAAAUAUUUGAUAACGAAAAACACACUGGAAUAGAUUCAAUAUAUUUGACCAUGUCUGAACAACGAUUUAAGUUCCUUCUUAGAGUUAUACGAUUUGAUGAUAUUACUGAACGUCAAGAUCGUGCAAGCAUCGAUAAACUAGCGCCUAUUCGCGAAAUAUUUGAUUUGGUUCUUGGAAAUUUUCAAAGGUAUUUUACACCAAGUGCUGAAAUGACUUUGGACGAACAACUCUUGUCCUUCAGAGGGCGUUGUUCAUUUCGGCAGUAUAUUCCAAGUAAACCUGCUAAGUAUGGACUGAAAGUUUUUGCACUUGUAGAUGUUCAUUACCCAUACACCUAUAACUUAGAAAUUUACGCCGGCCAACAACCCGAAGGUCCAUUUCGGUUAAGCAACGAGAGAUUUGAUAUAGUGAUGAGAAUGGUGCAACCAAUUUUGAAUAGACAUAGCAAUAUUACUAUGGACAAUUGGUUUUCCUCUCUGAAAAUUGCAAAGCAAUUAUUUGAUAAUGGAACUACAAUGGUUGCUACCGUUCGCAAAGAUAAAAGAGAAGUUCCCCGGGAAUUUAGAAUAGCUAGAGGCAAUCCAAUAUGCUCCUCAAAAUUUGGAUUCCACUCUCCAUGUACUCUGGUUUCUUAUGUACCAAAAGCCAACAAAGUGGUAAUAGCCAUGUCUACAAUGCACAACGAUACAGCGAUUGAUUCUGACACCGGAGAUCAACGAAAGCCGGAAAUAAUAACAUACUAUAAUCGCACUAAAAAUGGCGUUGACCUGGUUGACAAGAUGUGUUCCCUUUAUGACGUAUCUAGGAAUUCGAGAAGGUGGCCGCUGACUAAGUUCUAUAAUCUUGUAAACCUCAGUGCUCUCAACGCAUUAUGCAUUUACACUGCAAACAGUAACUAUGAAUCUGUCAAAAGGCGUGAUUUUCUCAUAGACUUGGCUUUGUCUUGGAUGAAACCACUGGCUCAGCAAAGGUUAACACUUACCACGCUUCCUAGAACACUGACAUUUAAAAUAAAAGACUUCCUGAAUCUUCCACAAGCCGUAACUCAUCAAGGUCCAACGCACAAUAACUACGUCGGUCGUUGCUACGAUUGUGGAAGGGCCCGUAAUAAAAGCACCCGUAAAGUGUGUAACGCUUGCAAUAAACACAUUUGUCCUGAUCAUUCCAAGACUGUAUGUUUGUCAUGUUUCGAAAACAAUUAA